UCAUGGGGCAGAGAAAGCCGAGAGACGGGGGAUAUUCCUGGGUUGAAGUUGGACGAGAAAGGUGCGUUAUUGAGAGUCUCUCGUGUUUGGGCUGCAGAAGUGUUCACCAGAUCAACGUGGAAUAGCAGAAACGCGCUAUCGAUGUCACCUUGAAUCGCAGUUUGUUUUCGUCACAGGAACUUGACGGACAUUUCUGAGAAGACUGUCGACCACCAAACCACCGGAGACACCCGUUGACUUCGAGUCGCUGUACACAAUGAGUGAGAAUGGCCUACCGAAGCCUAGUGGGAACGGACGGCAUUCAGUUCUGCACGAGCACCCUCUGGGGAAAGCUCUGGAUCUGAGCACAAACCAACAGAGUCAUCGAAGGCAAGCGGCUUUGACUUCUGGAGAUGAACUGCAAGGCCCGAGUACAGACCCACGUUUAUGGAAACGAUCUGACGUCAGCGACUGGUUGCUCUGGGCCGUCAUGUUUUAUCAAGUGGACCAAGUUGACACGUCCAAGUUCGCCAUGAAUGGCCGAGGUCUUUGCCUGCUGACCAGGAGUGGGUUUAUGAGCAGGGCGCCCUCUUGCGGCGACAUCCUGCACAGUGACUUUCAGAGGCGAUACGCGGUAGCAGUUGUACGCACGGAGCGGGAGAGACGGACCAAUCGGAGACGACUUCUUCAAGUUUGUUCUGAAGUAGACUCCACUGGGGAAACAAAGAGACCAAAGCUUGCCGAAGAUAAAUGAUACAUAACUUCAGAGAUUAAAUUAAGAUGUUCACUACAAAAUGAGUCUUUAGUGCGGGUUGAAACAAUCAUUGUUCUUAGAGGUACUUUGGAUUGGUAAUUGUCAAAGACUAGUCUUCACAGUUGGUUUAUCUCAACAUAUGCAUAAAAUAACAAACCUGUGAAAA